AUGAAAGAAAAGAAAAGACUAAGCAAGAGAGGAACCACAAAAAGCAGAGAAAACUUAAGAAAAAAAGCAUCCAGAGCAGACAAAGAGACCAGAAGACAGGAAAGAAAGAGAGAAAAGAGAGAGAUAACAGGGCCGUUCAAAGCAGUGAAAACCGAAGAAGAGAAGAUGACUCUUAGAGAGAUAAGAGAAAGCGCAGAAAGACGGUUGAAGCUGUACAUGGAGAACAAAAAGACAAACGUGCAGCAAAACGACACAGAUGACAUUUCCAGAAAGUACAUCAAAGAAAUACACAAAGUUGUCUCAGAGUCAGACGUAAUCCUGCAGGUCCUCGACGCCAGAGACCCCAUUGGCAGCAGAGCACCAGAGGUUGAAAGCAUCAUUUUAAGCCAUAAUAAAAAGCUGGUCUACAUUCUAAACAAGAUAGACUUGGUGGACAGAGAGAACUGGGGAUCGUGGCUAGCAUACUUAAGAAACUACGCCCCUGCAGUUCCAUUCAAAGCGUCUACGCAGUCGCAGAGAACAAGAAUAGGACACACAGAGAAAACAGAGCUAAAAGCCGAGGCAUACGGCGUGAAGGAUUUGAUGAAUCUUCUAAAUAACUAUGCGCGAUCUGGCGGAUCUGUAACUGUGGGAAUAGUUGGGUGCCCAAAUGUGGGAAAAAGCAGCUUAAUAAACUCGCUAAAAAGAGAAAAAUCGUGCGAAGUGCAGAAUACGCCGGGAGUGACAAAAACUCUGCAGCAUCUGGUCCUAGGUGGAUCGAUUAGGCUGAUAGACUCUCCUGGGAUUAUCUACAAUAAGUGCAACCCUGUUAGCGCGGCCCUUAGAGCCAGCACAUCAGAAGUUGACCCAGAUGAGAUCGUAUCAUUUAUAUUCAAAAAGAUAGGAGGAGCAAACUUUGCGCUGCUUUACAACAUAGUAGAGCCAGAGACAGAAGAACAGCUUCUUAUUUCUCUCGCCCUGAAGUGGGGCAAAAUGGCCAAGGGCGGUGUUCCUGAUAAGAGAAUAGCCUCGUAUAUGGUUCUAAGAGAUCUGCAAAUAGGAAAGAUCAGAUUUUCAACCAAAGUACCUGUGGGCUCGACAGAGCUGCCAAGUGCAAGCGAUGAUCUAAUAGAUCUGAAUAUAGAACAAAGCAGAAUGGGACAGUUCGUAAACCACCAGAAAGAAAGAGCUGUGGGAGAAGGACAGGAGAACAUGUACGAAGCCCUUCCUGAGCAUUAG